CGCCUGCUGCGCGUGCGCGCGCCCAGGGGGCGGCGCGAGGUCAGGGCCGGGGGAUGUUACUGCGGCUGGUGGGGGCGGCGGGCAGUCGAGCCCUGGCCUGGCCUUUCUCCAAGCUGUGGCGAUGUGGCGGAUGCGCAGGGAGCGGCGGGACGGUCUGGAGCAGCGUGAGGGCCUGUGGCAUUGCUCUGCAGGGUCAUCUGGGGAGAUGCUCGCAGCAGCUGGCUCUGCAGGGAAGACUGACUUCAUUUUCCCCGAGGCUGUAUUCAAAACCUCCCAGAGGGUUUGAAAAGUUUUUUAAGAAUAAGAAGAACAGAAAAAGUGCAAGCCCAGGAAAUUCAGUACCUCCAAAAAAAGAACCAAAAAAUGCUGGCCCUGGAGGAGAUGGAGGCAACAGAGGAGGGAAGGGAGAUGAUUUUACCUGGUGGAAACGGAUGCAAAAGGGAGAAUUUCCUUGGGAUGACAAGGACUUCCGGAGUCUGGCUGUUUUGGGGGCUGGUGUGGCUGCGGGAUUUUUAUAUUUUUAUUUCCGAGAUCCUGGAAAAGAGAUCACCUGGAAACACUUCGUGCAGUAUUACCUGGCCAGAGGUCUGGUGGACCGGCUAGAGGUUGUGAACAAGCAGUUUGUGCGUGUUAUUCCUGUUCCUGGGACGACAUCUGAGAGGUUCGUGUGGUUCAACAUUGGCAGUGUUGACACCUUUGAAAGGAACCUCGAGUCUGCUCAGUGGGAGCUGGGCAUUGAGCCCACCAACCAGGCUUCGGUGGUCUACACUACUGAGAGCGAUGGCUCUUUUCUUAGAAGUCUUGUGCCCACUCUGGUCCUGGUUAGCAUCCUCCUAUAUGCUAUGAGGAGGGGUCCAAUGGGGACUGGUCGCGGUGGGCGAGGAGGAGGCCUCUUCAGUGUUGGUGAGACAACAGCCAAGAUCUUAAAGAACAACAUCGAUGUGCGGUUUGCAGAUGUGGCUGGCUGUGAAGAAGCCAAACUGGAAAUUAUGGAGUUUGUGAAUUUCCUGAAGAAUCCAAAGCAAUAUCAGAACUUAGGAGCCAAAAUUCCAAAGGGAGCGAUGCUCACUGGUCCACCUGGUACUGGCAAAACACUUCUUGCAAAAGCAACUGCUGGGGAGGCCAACGUGCCCUUCAUCACCGUGAAUGGGUCGGAGUUCCUGGAAAUGUUUGUUGGUGUUGGGCCAGCACGGGUCCGUGACAUGUUUGCGAUGGCCCGAAAACACGCUCCUUGUAUUUUAUUCAUUGAUGAGAUUGAUGCGAUUGGCAGGAAGCGAGGCCGUGGCCACCUGGGAGGCCAGAGUGAGCAGGAAAACACUUUAAACCAGAUGCUUGUGGAGAUGGACGGGUUCAACUCUUCCACUAAUGUGGUAGUGUUAGCCGGCACCAAUCGGCCUGAUAUCCUUGACCCAGCCCUGACACGACCUGGCCGGUUUGACCGUCAGAUCUACAUCGGUCCCCCUGAUAUCAAAGGCAGGUCCUCUAUUUUCAAGGUCCACUUGCGUCCACUCAAGCUGGAUGGAAGCCUCAGCAAGGACGCUCUUUCGAGGAAGCUGGCAGCUCUCACUCCAGGCUUCACUGGUGCUGACAUUUCCAACGUUUGCAAUGAGGCAGCGCUGAUUGCUGCCCGCCACCUCAGCCCUUCUGUCCAGGAGCGGCACUUUGAGCAAGCCAUCGAGAGGGUCAUUGGAGGCCUUGAGAAGAAGACCCAGGUCCUACAACCCAGUGAAAAGACAACUGUAGCCUACCACGAGGCUGGGCAUGCAGUGGUGGGCUGGUUCUUGGAGCAUGCCGACCCUCUGCUGAAGGUGUCCAUCAUACCUCGGGGCAAGGGGCUUGGCUACGCCCAGUACCUUCCCCGUGAGCAGUUUCUCUACACACGAGAGCAGCUCUUUGACCGCAUGUGUAUGAUGCUGGGGGGUAGGGUAGCUGAGCAGCUGUUCUUUGGUCAGAUCACCACCGGGGCUCAGGACGACCUGAGGAAGGUCACCCAGAGUGCCUAUGCCCAGAUUGUGCAGUUUGGGAUGAGUGAGAAGCUGGGCCAGGUGUCCUUUGACUUCCCCAGACAAGGUGAAACCAUGGUGGAGAAGCCAUACAGUGAGGCUACUGCCCAGCUCAUUGACGAAGAGGUCCGGUGCCUUGUCAGGUCUGCCUAUAAUCGGACCCUGGAGCUGCUCACACAGUGCCGGGAGCAGGUGGAGAAGGUUGGCAGGCGUCUCCUGGAGAAAGAAGUGCUGGAGAAAGCCGACAUGAUAGAGCUCUUGGGCCCUCGGCCAUUUGCAGAGAAGUCCACCUAUGAGGAAUUUGUAGAGGGCACCGGCAGCCUAGAGGAGGACACAUCCCUUCCUGAGGGGCUGAAAGACUGGAAUAAGGGGCGGGAGGAAGGAGGCACUGAGCGGGGCUUGCAGGAGAGCCCUGCAUAGCCUGUGGCCACUGGGGCGGCUUGUGACCACUGCUGACUGGGAGCCGCUCAGCCAUGGCAGAGCAGCUGUCAGAGCAACUGAAAGACUAAUUAAAACAGGUGACAACUGCAAA